AUGUCGACUGGGUUAAAGCCAUUGCUGCUUCCACGCCUCGUGGAAGAGCGGAGGAAGUUGGGGGAACAGGAUGACAACGGUGAACAGACACCGUACUACUACACCCACAACUCGUCCUCGUCCGACCUUGCUUCCCCGUCACCCAUUACCUCGACCUUCUCGCCCACCAACCACUCGGCGUUAUCCGGUUCGACCUCGUCCCUCGAGCUAAUCCCGCCGCCAUGCGCCGACAACCCGUCAUCCCCGACACAAUCGCUGCACGCGACCAGGCCCAGCAAAUCACAGCUGCCCGAUGUCGAGGAAGAGCCAUUGGAGAGGGAAGAGGAGGAACCCGUGACGCCACCCAAAUACACCGACCGAGAGUUUGGAUUCCAUGACUACUGCUUAUGCGACUUCCCCUGCUCUCACAAUGGCGACGCCAACCAGAGCACCAGCAUGUACCCCUAUAUGACGUCCGAUUCGGACUACGACCUCGGCUUUCUCAGUGAUGGCGACUUCAACGCCAGUCCUAGGCAAAAGAAGAGGCGCCACGGCUCCGAUGCCGGGUUCUCGACCUGGAGUACGAGGUUGGGGUCAAGGCUCCCGAGUUUACCUCGCUGGCGGUCCUCCUCCACGUCCAGGCGUAAUGACCUCACCUUCUCGCCCGCCUCCGACCCUUCUCUAGUUGAUCCCCGCCCGAGCUUCUCCCUCGGCCCCUCGAGCCGAUCCUCCUCCGUCUCGCGACCGACACACGUUUCCGACCGCGCGCAGGGCUCGGUCCCUGCCACGCCUGCCCUCUCCUUCUACGAAAGCUCCGAAAGCGUUGUUCUACCCUCGCCCCUCGACAACCUGCCGGCCACCUUGGGCAGACGGGUAGAGCGCGAUCGCGUCAACGCCACCACUCCUCUUUUACCCCCCCUUCUUAUCGAGGCAGCCCCGAGUCAUGCCUUGUCCCCUUCCUUGCAAACCUCGCCGUUGCAGUCUCCCUCCAUGAUCACCUCGCCGGUUCCCGACUGGUCGACAGCCAAGCCCUACGCAACACCACCGCUCAGUACCAAGCCAUCCGUUUCUUCUCUACGCCGCGGGACAAUCUCGAGCACGUUCGGCGACGCCCCGUCACCAGUUCCCUGCUUUUUCGACCACCAAGACUCCUGGUCCGACUGCCUUGGCCACGCAAACUUCACGAUAGAACCGAAACCGUACUUGCCUGAGACGACCGAUCUCGUCACCCUUCAAUCCUUCCGCUCCGACUGGAACUUGGCGAGAACCAACUAUGCCAAGCAUCUCGUUCGAACGGGCGAACACUACGGGUCCACCUCUAAGACGUACGCCUUGACAGAAGCCAAAUGGGCCGAGAUCGAGCAGGAGUGGCAGCGGGACGAAGACCAUCUUGUCGAGCGCCUGGGUCAGCAGUGGAAGGAUGACCCCUUCGUCGUCUCCCAUCUCCGCCGCACGGCCGAGGAGAAGCUCUCGCCGUCGAUCCCUCGUAUGCUCAGCGACGAUGGCAAAUUCCCAGAGCUUGGUGAUGUGGAAAUUAUUGGACCCAUGCUGCGCGAUGCCGCCAUGGCCCGCGAGGGAGGGCCAGAGGACAGGCGGAACAGCGCUUCCGGUUGGCUCAAAAACCUAGCGGGAAAGGUUGGGCUGCGCAAAUAA